AAAGCAACGCGCGGCAGCAACAUUCACAAUACAAUGCACAUUUUUUGUUAUUAUCGCGUAAACCUUCCAAGCGAAAGGACGGACAGACAGACGGACGGAAUUUGAAAAGAAAUAAAACUAAAAACCCAAAUUAUAAUAAACUCAGUGGGAAAAAAUAUUAAGAUAGUUUUGUGUUGUCCAUUAAAACCCAUGAAAACCUUACGAGCGUUGUUGAUUACGUCUUUUUUAUUUGAAUUUUUAGUUUCAAAUUUUAAACAUAAAAUAACCGUCAAAGAAAAUAUUAUUAUUAACUAAUAACUAAAGAAAAUCCAAGUUUUAUUGAUUUGUUUGAUCAAUAAAAAUCGAAACAGUGGAAUUAAGUGAAAAGAAAAUUCAAAGAAUUGAUUUUUUUCAAUGUUGUUUUGGAAUUCAGUCUUGGAAAAUUUCUUCGUCGUUAAGUGAUGGUAUUUUGUAUUAAAACAUUACGCGCGUGUUGCUACAACAAAGUUAUAUGAAAAAUAAAGAAAAAUUAAUUUUGCUAAACGAAAAGAAUAAUUUUCCACUUCUCUGCAAAAAAGUUAUAAAUAAAUACUAAUUAAUAAAAAAAAAAAUACUCUUUCUCAACUUGUGUGUGGUGCUCUAAAAAUAUCUCAUAAAAUUUCUUCUACCGGAUAAAUUUAUUAGUGCAACUUUAAAUAAAGAUCCGUACCUACCUAACCUUCAUAAUCACGUGAAAAAAAAGAAACACAAAAUAUUAUAAAAUUUAUUAACUGUGUGUGUAUCGUCCUUCAUAAAUCUUGUUUUUUGACUUUUAUAAAAAAAAUUCCUUUCCUUCAAAAAACAAACUUACCUGAAUCGGCUUGACUUUAUUAUACGAUUGUUAUAAUUCAGAUUAACGUCGGACAGGUUAAGAUACUUUUGUUUAAGAUCCUCCUCAUCAUAAAAAUAUUUUAUUUUGAAUAAUUAAUUAUCGUUUUGUUGUCCUUCUCACUGCUAGUAUCACUUGUGAAAGAAAAUUGUUACGAAAAUCAAGUGAAAAUCUACGCAAACGCCCAUUUUGGUACUUAAAAACACCCUCAACUAAAAGUUUUAUUUUUCUCUUUUAAACAAUUUCAAAAAUCUUAUAAAUACAUAAGAAGAAAAUUUAUACAAAAGUUGCUCUUCGUUCUUCACUAUCUUCUCGGAUACAAUACAGAUUUGGAUUUAUCUAUAAUUUAUGUAUGAAUUAAUUAAUUUGGCAAGAAACAGAGCACAACAUUGGUUAUUGUUGUUGGAUUUGCAGUUGCAAUAAAAUAAAAAUAAUACAGCAAAGGAGAAAAACAGCAACAAAAAACUUAAUCAGAUCUCUCAAAUGUAUCUGAUUCAGACUGUUCAGACAUCGUGGAGGCCCCAAUUGCCCCUACCUAAAGAGGUUGUUCCACCGACCACAUCAGCUGAACCAAGCAUGAGAUCAUCCGAAAUGAAUCGACGCAGCAGUGCUGCCAACAACACAACAACAAGCAACAAAAAAGAAUCUUCUUAUCAGAGUUCUGCACCAGCGAGUGCAGGAGGUAACAAAAAAUGGUCCUUCGGCCGACUCUUCCGCAAGAAGAAGGAAGCCGAAACAGAGUCCUCGUCGGAGGAAGACCGCAAAGCAGGUUUCGCAGUUUCACCGAAAUACCGUAAGAAGGACAAGAAAAAGCGAAACAGCAAACACAUCAGUGGUGGGUUCGAUCACAUCGUGGUGAGUCCGACAAGAGAUAAUGAGUUUUUCCUACCAUUCGAACCGAUCCCGGCUGGAGAAUCGCUCUCAACGACACAUCUGGCGCCACCUGUUGACUACGACCCACAAAAUCGAAUGACAAAUUCCCUUGAUCGACGAGGAAAGAAAGACCGAAAUAAGGUCUCCAAUGAUGGCCAACGUCACCCCUCGAGUGAGGAGGAGAUGAUAUCGCUGAACUCCUCCACGACCUUUGCAAAGUACCGCAGUGACGAGAGCCUGGGAAGCGGGGCAAAUGCAAACAAUGGUCAGAGUCGUCGAAGCCGGGCGGCUCGGAAUGAGCGAUACUACAAACGUCUUAGUCGAGAUGGAGAAGUGAGCAAUGGACAGGUGCCGCAGGUUAUGUAUGCUGCUCAACCAGCUCAAAGAUGGAAAACCCAGCCGGUACCACUGACGGUAUACAAUGGGCAACCAAAUCACAUUGCCCCCGUUGAAGUCAAUCGGCAACAGUAUCCGCCGCCCGUUAUGCAUCCGCCCACAAUGCGAAAUUCAACAAGUCUAAGUCACAUGGCCUCCCAUCAUCCCAUAACCUAUGGCAUGCCCCGCCAGACACAUAACCUUCAGAACACAGUGAAUGACAACAAGCGUAGCAUCAGCUUUGACAGUCACAUCCACUUGCAAAACGUCAAAAAGCCACUACCUCCACCGCCACCCCCUCGAGAUCCGACGCGUAGAGUGAGCGUGGCCAAUCACAGCGAUCACCGUCCGAUUUCGUACGCAUUCGAUCAAAAUGCUUCCCACAUGCCUCCUAAUAACGGGAUGAGAGGUCGUUGCGUGUCCGACGAUCGGAUAUGGUCGGGCAAUGCCCCAAUGUAUCAAUCAGCUUCGUCCAUAAACCACCCGCCGAGUGUAGCUAGUUCCCAGAAUCGUCGUUUCAUAACCAGAGCCGAGAGGGAUGCUCACCCGACAAAGAAAUCCCUCCCAGCAGGACUGGAUUAUCGGUAUGUGGCAGAGGGAGCUCCUAGGUCCCGAAAGCCAAUCCAUCUAUUCAAAGGAAAUGAAGACAAGCAGGAGUUAGAAAAACCACCUUCCCCGGUGCUGAUAAGAACUACAAAGAGUGGUUUGCCCGACCCAGCACCGUCCAAUCCGCAGCUGUCAUCGGAGUACUGGCGGCGAGGACGAGAACCUCAUCAGCAAAGGCCGGAGUCAGUUUUUAAUAAACCUCGUUCGUUAUCUAGCUCCAGGGCUGGAGAGAUUAAUUCAGCUCCAAUGUACUCAGAGGUUUCAAAGCCAAAACAGAAACCUGCUCCCUCAGAAGCGUUAAACAGCGUGGUGUCUGGAAAACUGCUGAUAAAACCUUCCAAAGAUAGCCGUAGUAACUACGUUGAAAUUCGUAACAAUGCUAACAAGAGCAGCUCGAUGCCAAACCACUACCAGAGGAGAGACCUGGCGCAACCAAGAUGUCCCAAAGCGGACUCUCCCACCCCGAACAAGUAUGAUGAGUAUGUGGCCGAAAGGAGGGUUCGUAACAUCCUUGAUCAGAAUAGCAAAUUUGCUCCUGAUCCGCCACAACGCAAGGUGGUCACAAAACCCCUGCCGCUGCCUAUGCCUACGGAAAUCGAAACUAUGCGUAAGAAGCCUACAAACUUAGAAGAUGCAAUAAACGAGCUUGAGGCGAUAUACAAAAGUCUAAAGCUUGGCGAUGAGACGCUUCUGGAUAGAGCUGAGCGUCGGGAUAUUCCGACGCCGACGAAUUUUGAAAAAUACGCAGAGGCUCACAGUGAAGAGUUCCUAGACGAUGAUGAUGAUGACGAGCCGGCCGGGGAGCCCGAUAUUAUUCGGGAUGAUUUUGCAUACCGAAACCACAAGAGUUCGAGCAUAGCCCCUAAGAUUGCGGCCGGAGAGAAGCAACCGCCAUUUGGCAUACCCGUGGGUCCGAUAGCGAUAUCUCCCCGAUCUGAUUAUCUUCAUGUAGCCCCAGAUAAGGACUGUCAGAAGGUGAGGACGGGUCCUCUGAAGUAUCCUGACAUUGUUUGCGAUGAUUUGGCUGUGCGAACGUUACGCAAAGACCCACCCGGGCAUGUCAAGACUCAUUUCGCAUACCCUGCUGGGUCGAAGAAGAGAGCCACCCGUACUCAAUCGGCCAAUAUCUACACGCUGAUUCAGAGGAAUGCAGCGAAGCCAUCAGGAGGUGAUAUUGACGACUUCCUCGAGCUUGCUAAGAGCCUAGAACGUGCAGGCAGCAUGUCUAAUAUCCCCAAAGAAGACGACGACAAUGAUAUUCCGUCUACUCUUCAGCUACUGCGCAAUCUACGGGAACAAGAGCAGGCAAGUCCCAAGAUUAUACCUUUCCGUCACCCGAGUCAAGGGGGAGCUAUAUGCAGUCUACCCGAGGUUCUGGCAAAAGAAUCCAAGCCACCAGUACCACUUCCCCGAAAGAGUUUGACUCCAGAUCCAGAAAAGAUCAAAAUGGAAGAUGCUCUUAAUAAAAUUGCUAAAGAAGCCCGAGAGAGCAGUGAAAAACUUACAAGAGACCUGAUGGAACUGCGCCGAGGGGCGUUGAUAACAACGUCCCGUUCUAAAGUCACUAAACCGAACAUCGAACGAGACCUCGAACAGAUCGAAGCCGUUUCCGAGGCAGCCAAACGGUGCCGUCACAUGCUGCUCGAUACGAUUCCGCCAAAGGAUUCAGAAGAGACCGAAUCAAAGCAAAACCCGCCAAGACGUCUAGUUACCGAGGACAAGCUGAUCAAGGCCAUCGAUCAGGUGUCCACUGCCGCCAAUAAGGUUUGUGAAAAAAUUCUCAGUGAGAUCGUUAGUGUGGAACCGCCAGUGAUCGUUCAAAAUGCCGUCGAGGUAAAGAAGCCGCCCGAACAAAAGCUCGUGAUGCCCUCGCUGAUCCAGAAGCUAGAUCCCAGUUCGGCACGCAUCGGAGAGAUUGCCGAACGGUGCAUGCGUCAAAUCAGUCAACUGAACGAUUCACCGGACUACGAUAAUUUACAUCAGGUCGAAACGACAGGGAGUUAUGACAGCAAAAAUGACAACGCCGAUCUUCUUAUUGUUCCAGGAUCUGGUUAUGUGACUGCGGCCGAGAAUGAAGAAGAAAUCGACAAGAUCAUGAAAGAGUGCGAGAAACAAGCACGCAACGAAGUGAGUAAAGCUACGGUGAGCGUGAGUGAUCCUGUGGCGCAUAGCGAUGGUGAUAAGACGGCCACCACUGCAACGACCUCAACAUCUUCUUCAUCAAGCGACUGCCUGAAGAGCUCAAGCCCGUCAGUCGGAGCUCACCUAUCGUCGAGUAUAACAUCCUUUAACCCGUACUCCUCCAGUGAUUACAUUAAGUCACCAAGUAGUGAAUUCCAUGCACCCAGCACUGACCCAAUAAAAACCUUUAGCACAACAUCCUACGACGUACAGUCUUCGAGCGUCACACCCAACAUCACAAACUCGCCAUUCAGCUAUAGUACACCAUCGCCGCCGCUCAAUGUGACAGUUUGCAGUAGCGGUGGCGAAAAGGGCGAACGUAGCGGCAGUGCCUCGCAGUAUAACUCCUCCGAGGAGUUGGCAAUGAUCUUUGGCAUCGAGAAAUCAUCGCCAGCAACUACGACUACAGGUAAAAAAACAGUUGCAAGAGAAUCUGUCGCACCAAAACCGUUGAGCGUCGAUUAUACUGAAAACCUAUCAUCAUCAACCACUGCCAACUUGAGCUGCCAACAGCAAUUAUCACAACAAAACCAGAGACUCUACUCUGGCCUUAAGUCUCAAUACCCUACGUCUACUUAUUCACCAUCAACAACAGCAUCUUCCAGUCAAUCUAAAACUAAUCUAUCACGCAUAACAACUGAACCGGCCUACUAUACCGACGAAUACCUCCGAAUUCAGACGUCUCCACCAGCAACUGUAGCUAACUUCACAUCAAACAACAAUGACUCACCAUCGUCGUCAUCGAUAAAUGAAAAUUAUCGAAGUGUUUAUGCAACACCAUCGAAUUUAAUAACUGGUCAAAAGUUCUUCCCGAAUAGUCCAACGGCGACAGUGGCGCCACCACCAAUUGCAGCUAAGCGUACUAUAUUUCAUAAUAGUCCAACACAACAACAACAAAAGUCUAAAGGUGAUCUUCCUGUAUUUCUAACCCGAUCCUCAUCAUCAUCUGCCAUCAUUGGCAAGAUCGAUGAUCAAUCUUCCUGCUCUAAGCUAGACCCUGCUGAGGUAGGCCCGGAAGUUGAAAGUACAAGUGCGAGUGCAAGUGCAAACAAUAGGAGUAGUAACGCUGGUAGAUUUAGCAAUAAGAAACGUGUAGUUAGAGUUCGUAGUGAUUCGCGUCCAAUUAGCGCCCUCUAUGAUAUAAUAUGCAAAGAAAAAGGCAUCGAACUAGAUCAAGAACCCAUCAUCAACACAAUGAGUAGCAACGGAGGUGUAGUUGUUGGCAUUGAGAGUGCCCCCUCGUCGUCGGUUGAUAGCAACAAUUCAACCGACAGGCUUCAUUACAAAGAAAAUCACUUGCUGUCCGGAGAACCCUCCUCCCCAACAUCAUCUAGUCAAUUGAAUUCGUCGGAGAAUUUAAAUGUCAAUCGUUAUCGGAGUCGCCCGAUGUCCUAUCAGGAUGACAAUCGAUACCGAAGUGGGUCUGACAGAGACUACAGCAACGAUAAUGGUGGUAGCGGCGGGGGCGGGGAAGCCGCCUACAAUGGUCGCCUUCAAAUGAAACCCGAUAUUCUAAAAAACACAAAAUCAUCGUAUUUAGCUAGUGACUUGAAGAAUCAUUAUCAGCAAUUUGAUCACAAUCAUCAUCCCGAUUAUCAAAAUCAUCAUGAUCCAUAUCAUAAUCCAGCAGACUAUCAUCAUCCUCACCUUCAUCCGCAUCAUUGUAACGAGCCGAAUCUUCCUAGUAGUUGCGUAGAUAGUAGUUUAAAUAAUUAUCGUGACAGUAAUCGUAAUAAUGAACUGAGUGAUGUACAUGCGGCAGAAGUAGCAGCAACAGCAGCGUCAGCAUCAUCAACAAGUGCUAGUGGCAAUCAUCAUCAACAGCAGCAUCAUCAUAAUUUUAAUCGUCCGGCAACUGCAAAUGGACACAUCAUGCAACAGAUGCCUCCGGUAGCGGCGCCAAGACCGACACCAAGAUUAUUCCGUGACGAUAAACGACGCUUUACAGAUGGCGUUGUGAUGGAUGCCAAAUCAAAUUUUGCGGAUAUUGGAACGGCAGCAGCUAUCAAUGGAGCCGGAAGUGAUGGUGAUAAUGGACGAAUCGGAAGUCAACUUGGACGGAGAUACAUAACUCGUUCAAAUCGAGCAUCAGGAGGCGGUGGAGGUAGCAACAAUAGCGACUCAUCAUCACCGUCACCAACAACAACGACGACGACGAUACCAACAGCAGCAUCACAGAAUCGAUUGACACCCAGUUCACCCAGCGCCAGCUCUUCGACGACGACGAAUCGCCAGAGAUCACCACUCAAGUCGCCUUUAAUAAAUCGCCCGUACCAUAACCAUCACCAUCAUUACUCAGCUCCAUCAUCAGUGUCCGCCUUCGUUGCUCCGCAACCAUCAUCAUCAUCGUCUACUUCAGGGUCAGGAAUUAUCAAUGGUAACGGCAACAAUCUUCAUCUGCAGCAUCAUCACUUCCAACACCAUCAGCAGCAGCCAGCAGCAGGAGCGCCAACGGCAACGGCAACAGACCCUUACCGAUCUGUGAUGACCAACUCUGUGGGCGCUGUGGGCUCUGUGGCUGCCGCUGCAGCUUCUGGUGCUCCAAUCCAAAGUGCUGCAGCAUCAUCAUCUCCAUUGAGCGAUAUUUGUGGCAAAUCUAUAAGCCCUACAAAUUCAAAACAUAGCGAACUCCAUACUCCAAAUGGUCGUAAUGUGACGAAAUCCUCGUCAACUACAUCAGUAGGUCAUCCACCAAAUAAUAACAAUCAAAAUCAACAUCGUACUCCUGCUGGCUUGAAUCAGUCCAAUGCCAAUCAACCACCACUUACUCCAACAAAAGUCGUAAGAACCACAAAAACAUCUCGUUUACGUGCCGCUGCGUUAGAUAAAAAGAAGGAUUUAGAUGAUCAGCAACAUCCCUCGGGAAUACCAACUGCAAUUAGCUUACGUCAAACUUCACCGAGGCAAAGUUCUCGCAAAGUGGCCAACAAUAACGUAACUCCUCCCGACGUAACCCGAACAACUUCAUCACGUUCAGGAUUAAGUGCUUCGCCACCUGGCGGCAAGAAACUAGUUCCUACGGCUUCCGUCGUCACUAUGCGGCAGAAUCUCAACGAAAUGCGCUACAACGGAAAUCGUGGAAUUCCACGGAGGGAACAGAGACCCCACACCACAGAAUGUACAGUUAAAAUAGCUCCAAGCGGAGGCGGCCGUGGUCUGAGUCAUGAUGAUGAACAAUUUUUGAACGGUAACGACGAUGGUAAUGAUUAUGAUGAAGACGAUGAUAGAGGAGUAUAUUCGACCAGGCCGCGCUCAUCGACCAUGAAUUCAGAAAUUAAUCAUUUGGCUAAUCCGGCACGCAAUGGUCGCGAUAUGGAAUUGAGUCCAGUUAGAAAUAAUCGAACACCGGAAGCACAGAAAACUGAAGAUCGAGACAAGUCAUCGAAAAGAAAAUCGAAUUUAAAUCGUUCAUUGAAUGAAGAAGCAACUGGAGAUGAUGAGGCAGCCAUUCGCCGUCGUCGUCGCCGUGAGCUCGGAAUGGCACGUCAACUGAUUCCAUCAGAUGAAACCUCAACAGCUCUACGUGAUCUCCUAUUGUCUCCUAAAAAAUCAUCAGUCUCCCCAACAUCACCGAGAAAUAAUUUAGCCUUUCACAUGGAGAAUGCCAGACGCGGUAUUGGCCUGAUAAGUCCAUCGGCUGCAGAACGUCGUCGAGCCUCCACAGCAAGUCCCAAAAUCGGCAUCGAAAGUCCUGUUUCGCCCGCAAAAUUGAGUGAAACCAAAAUUCCUCGUCGACCAGUUGAGAUCAGAGACCCGGUCUCUUCUUUGUCGUUGGGUGGAAGAACCACCUCGGAGUAUACUCGACGAAAUCGCUUCCGUUUCUCGGAUGUUAGUUCGAAAGUUGAUGCAAUGCGUGAACGAACGAAAAGCGAACUUGCUGACAUAAUCAAAAUCACUGAAAUGUGUAAUGAUAACGGUGCUGGAGGAAGUCAGUCACAGGCGCAACAGAACGUUGAGUCCGCAUUCAAACCGCCACUUAAGAAGGUGCCAAAUGCAAUUGAUGAUUUUGCCAGCUCCCUUGAUCGCAUUGCAGCGAAGGAAGAUUUGCCAUUACAAGAACCCAAGGAAUUGAACUCGUCCAACUCAUCUGCUUCGCCAAGGUCAUUUGUAAAGAAGGACCGUAUAAGCUUUGACGAUAGUGAAGACUUCCACUCAGAUGGUGCUUCAUCGUUGGGUUUUCUCCGCAGGCGAAUGUUGAAGGCGCGUAGCGUCGAACGUGAAAUAAGCCUUGAUCAACCUAAGUUAUCGCCGAUUUUAAGGCGUAAGAGCUCUGACGAACCAACCAAUCAUAUUGUUUCGAUUUUGAAGAAAAAAGAUCAAGCUGAUUCGAGUUCGACUUCGAGCAAUGCUUCCCCCGUUACAUUUGCCUCUACGACCAUGGACACUCCAACACGAACCAAACGCCAAGGAAUUCUCAAGAAACGAAGCAGUCUAGACGAAAGCCGCUACUAUAGUCGCAGUCAUUCACCUGACGAACGAAGUAUCCUUGUUAAGAGUGCGCGCCGCAACAGUCUGGAAGAAACCCAACACGGAAUUCUCAAGCAGAGCAGCUAUGAAAGCAAAAGCGAUGGUUGCCCCUCGGCAGAACCCCAUCAUGGUAUCCUCAAGAAGAAGGACUCAACAUCAACACCCUCGGAGAGUAGUCAUCCCUCAAAACACGUAUCGAUCUCACAAGCUGUGAUACUAGCUGCGGCGGAAUUGUGCAAAGACAUUGUCACCUCAUCGUCUUCCCCUCCAACCAGCAACGACAGUGAGUACGACAACAUCAGACCGAUUUUAAAAGUCGACAGUCAGGAAAUUCGUGCUCCCAAACCGAUACUUAAGAAGAAAUCCUCCUCAGAGACUGAAGAAAUUCGGCCGAUACUUAAGACUUCUCGCAAGAGCAGUCGUGAAGAGUCCUCUGAUCAAUCCGACGAUCAGGGUAAGAGAUCAAUAAGGAAGACUGAUUCGCCCGCCAAACGAAGAUCGUUUGCUGAAUCAUCAGAUAUGGCUGUUGCAUCAACUUCAUCUGACAGCGCCAUCUUACAGCGAAGUAAAUCGCUAGAACCGUCUUCGGAUGAAGGUGCCGUUGGAGGAGAAAUUGUUGAACCUUUAGAGGUUGAAGAGAAACCUUGUUUAACGGUCGCGGAAAGAGUUAGAAAUAUGGAAAGUUUCUUGAAAUUAAAUGUCACUCGAAGCAGUGACGAAAUAAGCGUAGCCAAUUGUUCAGCAGGGGCGAUUCCUAAGCUUCUAAGACCCAGCGCAAUCAAACGGGAAAUGUACAAGGACCGUUUCCGGACGCAACCAGUCACGAACGAUGAGAUUCAGUGCCUGCAAGCAACAAUUUCUGGAUCACUCGACACUUUUAAGUCGGCAUUUUCAUUCGACUCACUGAAGUAUCCAGAAGGAGAAGCGUCAUUAUCGACUGCUGAAGUUCCCACUGCGUCAUCGUCUUUGGCGUCUGCAACAACCACAACCGUUAUCAAUUCAUCAUCAUCGGCAGCAAAAAUCUCACCACGCAGUUUAUCAUCGAUAUCACCAUCGCCACGGGAAGUUUCCGAUUUAUUUUCACCACGUUCGGUUACCGAUUUGAAUUGCGUUUCGUUAAGUAGUGAUAGCGGUUUACAAACGGGUAAACAUUUCGAAAUGUCGUCGGGUUUGGAUGACAGUUCGCCGAAGGCCGAUAAUUCGUUAUCGAUGAGUGAUGGUGGUGCUGUAAAUAGCGGAAAUCAACGAUUGCCGCGUGAUGAUUCGUUGACAUUGUGUGAAGACGAAAGUGCAAUGGAUACAGGAAAAAGCACCGGAACGGGAACGGGAUUGGGACGUUCGGCGAGUGUUCGGGCACGUGCUAAUAUGUUCCAGCAGUUAGAAGAGAAGACAAAAGCAAAUAAAAUGAUGGAAGAAAAGGUUCCAGCGUCACCGAUUGCAAGAAGAACUUUCCGUCGUUUAUCCUCCUCACCUGUUACACCAGCAGACGAACCUAAAACUCCCAACAAUCCUUCCAUAAAUGCUGAUGAAGAAUUUGAACCUUCAUCCCUGCCCGUUGCGGAACGAUUGCGUUUCUUCUCGAACUUAAGUCAGGAUUCCCGAAACAACCGGUGUAUGUCUUUGCCAGUUACCCGCAACAAUCCAACUCCUGGCCGUGAACGUCGUGGCUCUUCGAACAGUGUGAUCUUCAGUCAAUCUAUGUCACCAUCACAGAUCACUCCCAGAAGUAGCGUGGUUGUUCCAAUGGAACUUGACGACGUCACCCCAACAACCCCGAUAAUUGUCGAAGAAACUCCAAUGGUUUUCGAAGAGAAUCCCUUCUUUACCACACCGACUUCUAGGGUGCAGCCAAAGCCACGAUUUAAGCUGAAGACGAUUGGGAAAAUUGUCAUGCCCAACAUCUUCAAGGACAACAAUAACAACAAUGGCAACUCAAUUGACAAUAACAACACAUCAUCAGAACCAAUUAAGAAGAUCAACAAGAUCAAGUCGCCAUUUAUUGAGAACAGUCAGAGGAGUAGCUUUGGGGCGUUGAACAGCAGCAACAAGUGCAUGAAGUACGACCUCAAGUCGAUGCCUUCGUCGAAUGCGAGCAAAGAUGACGAAAACUGCGAUGUCCUGAAUGACUCUGGGAAGGAGAAUUAUGACAAUCUACCACAAGGUGUCGAACUGCGUAAGAAAAAGACCAGCACGAGCAGCAGUAGUGGUUUCUCCAGUGCUCCGGCUUCCCAACGCAACAGUUUCCGACACUCCAUGCGCUCGCCUCUAGUCGAUGAGAAAUAUGCCAAGUACUUCGGGCUCUCGACCAGUCACAAUUGUGACAGUCGACACAGCACGCCAUCGACGCCGCAUAAGAGCUUUGACCAUAGUAACAUGCCUGACGUCGUUUGUGUGACGCCGAAGCCCCUCCUGCAUCAGCAAAACUUCCACUACAGUGUGGAUGAGGUGGGAUACGUCCAGAAGUCCUACUCCGCAAAAGAAGUCCGUGUUAUUCCUCCCUCCCCCAUAACGCCAUCUGCUCUGUCGCCUGUUCACGCAUCUGACAGUAGUGAUGUUUUAGAUGACAGUGUCUUCAGUUUGUCGAAUUCAAGCCUCGGCCCGCCAUCCCUGAUGAUGAGACGACGCGGUGACGCUUCGAAGAGAGUUCGUGCCAUGACAGUUUUUGUGAACACACCCCAGAGUACACCAGAACGUAAAAUUCCAUCACUUCGCGGUGCGUCACGUAAUCGUUCGAUGACAAUUACCACGCAAAUGAGGUUCCUGCCCAAAGAACCAAUAAACCCGAUUUCUAAAUUUGAAGAUCUUAAAGUAACAAAAGAAGAUCUCUUGAUGGCUCACAAGGAGUUUGAGAGAAUAUUUUUAGAAGCAACAAAACCUGCACCAGCAAUCUUAUCACCGCCUUUCUCUGGAUUGAGUGGAGCAGGAUCAGGAAAAGGAAUUCUCAAAUCAAAAUCUGGCUGUGUUGGCUUCCUGCCAAUGGAUCUUAAUUCCGAGCUCAAAAACCGUCUCAAACGUUCAACUCAUGCAACUGUCUCAAAUCUCCGUAAAUCGGCUACUGUUGAAAACACCCCGCACGUCCUUGAAUUAGGAUCACCCAAAAAGACCGAAGAUCCCACAAAUUCGUCAUCCUCCGAGGAGGAGGGUGUUGAUCCUCAGAAAAAUCUGGCAAAAAUACUUCGUAGUGUCUCAAAGGAGAGUAUGCCACGACAACAGUCAAAAGAACAUAUCAUCACACACCAAUUUCCGGUUCCUGGAACUAGACCCGCUAUGGUGCCUCAACAUGACGACACCAUGAGUCUUGUUCGAAAUUUAACUAGUCUUGAAAAACGCAUCCCCGAAGCGGGUAAUGCCACCCAAAGUGGUUCCUGUAUAACAUCGACGUCCGAAGGUGAAAGUUCCGGUGGCCGGGAGGUCUCCGAAAUUAUCAAAAAUAGCGCAGUAGCGCGGCGGCGUAAACUUAAUGAUGGAAACCUCAUCGCAAAAAGUAAAAGCCACUCUUCCUUGCCACCAACUGGCGCGCCAUCAUCAGAUCCAACAACUGCAUCGUACACUGGUCUAGGACCGCAACAAUUACCAGCGUUAAGUGGUGGUUUUGUCAAGCUACGCAAUGUUGCUGGCGGCCAAAGUCUAAAGCCGUCGUCGCUACCGUCUGGAAAAGAUGCUCUAGAGAAACCGAAAGCAGCCGAAUACAGCAGCAAUAGCAGAUCAUAUCAGCAGAAGCAACAAGAGACACAACAACCAUCACCAUCACAGCCCUCAUCAGCCACAGCAGAGAAACAAGCUCAACAGGAAAAUCCAUCAGCUUUACCGGAUUUCUUACGUGGCGGCUUAAAACGCAGCUUAACCCAGGUCAUGGGUCCAGAUCAGAGGACGAUUACAAUAACGAAGACCGGUUCGAUUGCCGAUCGAUUGGCAGCUUUACAAAAAAGUGGAGAGGACGAUUGGCGUAAGCGUAUAUCAAAACAUGAUGAAGUUAAUGAGAUUAGACGAGAGAAUUUAGUCAAUGAAUCUCUAUCCCUAGCACACACCCUCUCUGAUAAGCCUCCGCCUUCAUCGCACUUAAUUUCAACUGGUAUCGAAGGAGGCAAGGUAUCAGAUCGCUUGGGGAAACUUCGGAAUUCAUCUGAAAACUGGAAGAAUCGAAUUGAACAAUCAGAUGCUUCAAAAUUCACAGUUGCUGGUCGUCUACAGAAGAAAUCCCAAUCCCCCGUUGAGCUUCAAUUCGAACGGCAUGGUGAUACUUCGAAACAAUGUCCCCCCAUGAAAGUAGUCCGAAGCGCAAAUCAACCACAAUUGGGAUUGGCUAAGAGUCCCUCUAUGAUGGUGACAUCCAUGACAGCACCAAAGUCAGCCUCAGUGACAAAUGGUCAACACCGCAUGCAGCUAAAGAGGAGUUUAAGUGUGAAUGCAGAAGCUCAGAGUGCCAGUAGCAGUGAUUCAGAUUCUGAGGGACACAGUGAGAAGGAGAAUGCUAAGAAGGUCAACAAGAUCAUAACCAACACCGGAGCGAAAGUAGUUGUUCCCAGGGUCGACGAUGAGGAGACAUUCGAGAAGUUCUUCACGACUUCGAGGUCUGUGGAGAAAAUUGAUGAGGGUGUUGAGAUUUCUGACUUUGACAACAUCAAAUCAAGUGAAAGAUUGGUAACCAAGAGAACCGUUCAAGGACCAAAAGGACGUCGAGCUGCAAAGAACCCUCUGAAGAGCCUAGCUGCUCGAAUCGAUCUCCAAAAUGAGUACACCGAAGUGAAGACUGGCAUCGCUGAAAAAGAGAUGCGUCGGAUCAAGCUUGAGUCUUUUGCUAAAACAAACAACCUUGCUGCAGAAGCUCUAGCUGGCUUAGCCAGUGUCGAAGAUUUCAAAUCGGUCAGCCUGAAGUCAUCCUCCCUGCCUCUGAACCAAAUGUGGCUGCCAUUCAAGCCCAUUAUGUUGUUGCACAUCAAAGGACGCACCCACGUUCAAACCCGCCUUGUCGAACCCAUCUACACGUCACUCAAUCGUGGUGAUUGUUUCAUCCUUGUAGCCGGUGAUGUUCUUUACCGCUAUAUUGGUUCCUUUGCCAAUGUCAUAGAGAUCUCUCGAAGCAAAAAAAUCUGCGGCUACAUUCUGGAGAACAAAGAUCUCGGCUGUUCGGCCCUCACUGAAACCAUUCUCACAGAUGGCAAGUUCUUGAGCGAACGUCACUGGAAGACCUUCUGGGACAUACUCAAAAAACCCGAUGACUACCAGAUUCCAGACUGUGGCCAUGCCGAUGAGGACGAUCUCUUCGAGACGAGUCUCAUCGAGACCAAUAUGAUCUAUGAGUUUGCCGAUGAUUCGUUGGUUCCCAUGGAGAAAUAUUGGGGAGCAAUCCCAAAAGUCGAAAUGUUGGAUCGCAAGAAAGUCCUGGUCUUUGAUUUUGGAAGCGAGUUGUAUGUCUGGAAUGGCAAGAAUGCCUCCUCCGAUGCUAAGCGAGCUGCGAUCAGGCUUGCUCAGGAGCAUUUUGAUAUCAAGAAAGUUGAGUACGAGAAGUGUUAUGUGAAUCCUCUGAAUUUCUCCUCGGUUGUCGGCCAAAGAAGCAGCUAUAAAUUUAUGAAAUCCUCAGAGCGGGAGGAUUGGUGUUUGUUAGGCAAGAUCACCCAACACAUGGAAACCUGCCUGUUCAAGGAGAAAUUCGCAGACUGGCCAGAGAUUGAACGGGAGGACUUGGAAAAGGACUACCUAGCCAAUGGAGUUCACUCCGUUAAGGCCCUCGAUGGUUUGACAAUCUUCAAGGGAGAACCUUAUGUCGAACCAAAUCUUGUGCUCGAGCAUUCAAAUCUCGGACGUGGUAAUUUCUACUACGAUACCAACACAAUGCGUCACUUUGAUGUGAUUACCACAGCAAGUGACAAAUGGCAGAUCAAUGAAUUCAACUUCGAAGAAGCCGAGUCUCGAGAUACGCUGGGGCAUUUCUACUCUGCCGAGAGUUACAUCGUGAGGUGGGUCUACCAGAUUUCGGUCACAGUUCGGGAGCUGAGUGGAAAGGUCUCGAAUCGUAGCACAAUUGUUGGACGCGAUCGAUGUGUCUAUUUCUGUUGGCAGGGAAAUGACUCAAGUGCAAAUGAAAAAGGUGCCGCAGCUCUUCUCACUGUCGAACUGGACAAGGAGAAGGGUGCCCAAAUGCGUGUUGCCCAGGGCGAUGAAACAACUGCUUUCAUCCGGCUCUUCAAACUUUUCCUCCAGCAUCGUGGACGCAAGGAAGAGUGUUUGGAACGACGCAACAAAUGGAGGCUAUACAUUGCCACAGGAAACGACGUCGAUGAAACAAUACUCAAAGAGGUUAACUGUGAUUCAAGUCAGCUACGCUCAAGAGCAUCUAUGCUGCUAAUAAAUGGAGAGAAAGGUCUGAUUUACAUUUGGCAUGGAUCCAAAAGCUUGCCACACACACGAGAGAUAUCCGAGAAGGCUGCCGAAAAGAUUCGUGAAAAGAAGUACGAAGAUUUGUUCACGUCAAGCGUAGGAUCAGUGCAGGUUGAGACAUUCGAGGAGACCAAAGAAUCCGAAGGAUUUAAAACGGCACUAGGAGGGUUGAAUCCAGAAGCCUAUGGUUCAUUGAAAACAAUUACAAAGGAUUUCGACUUCACACCGAGAAUGUUCCAUUUCUCGAGUACUCAAGGUGUCUUCAGUGCAAACGAGAUUUUGUAUAAUCUCCGAAGCAAGGACCUAAUCAGUCCAUAUCCGUUUACCCAAGCACAACUCUACAAUGCCAGACAACCGACAAUAUUCAUGAUUGACGAUGGAGAUUGUCUCUGGAUGUGGAUGGGAUGGUGGCCAUUAGAAGAUGUAAAGAUAACCAUUGAAGAUCGCGCGAGUCCCACAAAUGAGAAUCGUGCUGGAGUCAAUCGAUGGAUAUCAGAGAGACGGGCUGCCCUUGAAACUGCUGUUUCCUACUGGAGGGCUAAGUUUGGUGAAAAAUCUGAUAAAGAUUUCUAUGGAAUCAAGGGUUUCGUAGUUUGGGCUGGACUCGAACCAGUCGCAUUCAAGGCUCUCUUCCCCGACUGGCAAGAUCAUGAAGAUGUUAAGGAGAUAAAUAUGGAGGACGGUCGCACAAAUAUAGCAACACCCAUCACAGAUGUUCUAACUCAACUCACCCAAACCGAAUACCCGCUUUCCGUAAUCAAAGAACGCCCUCUUCCCGAAGGCGUCGAUCCCACUCGUCUGGAAUUGUAUCUCAACGAUGCAGACUUCCAAGAAGCUCUUGGAAUUUCACGAGAUGAGUUCGAUCAACUGCCACUCUGGAAGCAAACCAAUCUCAAGAAAGAACGUGGUCUCUUCUAAAAUAGUUCAUAAUCAAAAAAAGAAAAGAGACAACAGCACAGAAACACACCACUGAGGAUUUUGUCCCAUUGUACCUUCAGCAGCACAUAUUUUAUAUACAAUAUUUUAUUCAUUUUUUAUAAAUAUAUGUAUUUUGUGUAACACCUACCCCCGCCCUACUCCCCCAAAAAAAACCUAUCUAUUAUAAGAUAACUAUGUAUAUUUAUUAACAGGAUUUUUUUAUACAAUUUUGUAACUCACUUUUUACGCGCAUUAACAUUUAAUCAAAGAUUUAUAAAUAAAUACAAAAUAUUCAACAACAACAAUAAAAAUAAUACCACUCGAAAAAUUAAAAUAUUAUAAAAAUAAACACAAGCAUCUUAACACGACACAAAUUUUAAAAAGGUGAGGGCUUUGUUUUUGUUUUCAAAAUGAUGAAGGAAUCCUUUUUGAAUAUUUAUAGGCUUACUUUUAAAUAAUUUGUUAAAUUUGUAUGCGAAAUUAUAUAAUUUAAGUUUUGUUUUUAUUUAAAUUUUUGUUUUAAAUAAAUGUAAAUAUUUAUAAAGUUUUAAGUAGCAUUUAUUUAUUUCAUAAUAAUUUUUCCCUCUUAUAUAAUUUUUGUUUGUUUAAUUAUAUUAAUUAAAAAAAUUAUACAUUUAUUAUUAGUAUGUUAUUGGAAAUAUUAAUUUUAUUAAAAUCAAAAUGAAAAAAAAAUAAUAUUUUGUAUGUUUUAAGAAUACAAAUCAAAAUUAAAAUGGUAUUUUUUAUUUUUAUGUUAUUUGUAAUUAUUUUUGUUUAUUUUUAUUCUUUUUGUUGUAUUUUAUUUUGUUUCUAUUUUUUAAUUAUAAUAAAUAAUCAAAUUGUUUUGUGUGAUUUGGAAAUUUAUUAUUUAAAUAAUAAUUUUAUUUGUAGUUAUGUAUUAAAAGUGAAAUAAAAUCAAAUGAGGUUUUUAACAAGGUUUUCAAUUUUAAAUUAAUUUCUGUUUGUUUUAUUUGUUUGUAGUUUUAAUUUUUUUUUUAAGAUUAUUUCUGCAAAGUGAAGUGGAGAGCAUUUAAAAGAAGGUGAAAUAUUUGGGUAGUGUGGAUUCUUGGUAGACGAACGUUGCGUCUGAGUUUUCAUGAGGCAUUUAUUCGCUUUUGUUUUUGAUGAUUUUUUUUCAUUGCUUUAAAGGAAGUUAGAAAACCCAACGAGAUGUUUAGAAAAUCGCUUUUCAGAGACUUUUUCUUUCUUUAUUUUUAAACUUAUUUAGUUUUGGAUGCAUUUUUAUAUUUUAUAAAAACAUUUUGCUUGGGAGCUUUGAAAGUCACAAAUUUAAAACACUUUACAUAAGUGGUAAUCUUAUACACAAUAUACAAAUGAAAAUUUAAAAAUAAAAGUUUUUAAACACAUACAAUACAUAUAAACAACAACAAUAUAUAACAAAAAUAAAUAAAUGACAUGAAUAAAAUA